AUGUUGUACUUAGCAUUUGGGGAACGUCCGAAGAAUAGCAAAAUGAAUCAAGCAAACGUAAAUAAUUUAGUGUCAAAAUUGAGGUUUAAUGUGCAACCAAAGUACAGGACCUUAAGAAAUACCGAUGGACUCGAAGGGCGUAUGCGUAAGAUCCAGAAAACACUGACCGCCUUGUUGAAAUACGAGAGAAUCGAGUUGAAUUGGAACCGGGGUGAUGAGGUUCGAGGUUAUGUCGAUCGAUUGAUUUCUGAGGCUGUUCGACAUGGCCCCACUCACAAGGAGACAAUGGAGCUAGCGGAUUUCUAUAUACUUGAAAAACAACUGGUCCACAAGCUCUUCAAAGUUCUCGCUCCACGAUAUCAGGAUUACACCAGCUCGUACACGAAAAUGCACAAAAUACAAAGGGAUUCUCCUGGGCGUUGGUAUAAAAGGGCAGUUCUGGAGUUGAGAGGAAAUCCAUAUCCUGGUCUAGAACAGCCCAAUCCCUUCGAAAAGAAGCUCCUUCACAACGUCCUGUUGGACGAAGCCAGAAAAGAAAUGAGGCUACAAAAAUAUCAGGAAAUGGCGGAAAAUCUAACGAAACCGGACGUAUAAAAUGUUACCAUCUCCAGAAUGAUCACCUAAUGAUUAACUUCCUAGAUUUACUUGUAAAAAAAUAAAAAUACGAAUGAUGAUUCA